AUGUGUUGUUCUGGAUACUUUAGGCAUCCAUUUGCUACCAACAAAACAUGUCCAAUACUUCGACCGCAGGGUGGUGUGCAGAUUGGAAAUGCGUGCUGGGAGCUCUUUUGCUUGGAGCACGGCAUCCAACCUGAUGGCCAGAUGCCUUCCGAUAAGACGAUCGGGGGCGGAGAUGACGCAUUCAACACGUUCUUCUCAGAAACUGGUGCAGGGAAGCACGUACCUCGCUGCGUGAUGGUUGACCUCGAACCGACAGUUGUGGAUGAAGUACGCACCGGCACUUAUCGUCAGCUCUUCCAUCCUGAGCAAUUGAUUUCCGGCAAGGAAGAUGCUGCAAACAAUUUCGCUCGUGGCCAUUAUACCAUUGGCAAGGAGAUUGUGGACCUGGUGCUGGAUCGCAUUCGAAAGCUUGCUGACAAUUGUACAGGAUUGCAAGGAUUCUGCGUCUACAAUGCUUGUGGAGGUGGUACUGGAUCAGGCUUGGGCUGCCUGAUGUUGGAGCGCUUGUCUGUUGACUACGGCAAGAAGAGCAAGAUUUCUUUCACAGUUUGGUGUUGCCCGCAAGUCGCCACAGCUGUGGUGGAGCCCUACAAUACCGUGCUGUGUGUCCACUCCUUGUUGGAACACACGGAUGUGACCAUCAUGUAUGACAACGAGGCGCUCUACGAUAUUUGUCGCAGGAACCUCGACAUCGAGCGUCCAACCUACACGAACCUCAACCGCUUGAUUGCCCAGAUCAUCUCCAGCUUGAACCUCGGAUCAGCCCAAAAGACGACGGCUUCACUCCGUUUUGAUGGCGCUCUCAACGUCGACAUCACGGAGUUCCAGACCAAUUUGGUUCCUUACCCCAGGAUCCACUUCAUGCUCACCUCCUACGCUCCAGUCAUCUCUGCCGAGAAGGCCUACCACGAGCAGCUGUCCGUGGCGGAGAUCACCAUGUCAGUGUUCGAACCAGCCUCUAUGAUGGUGAAAUGCGACCCUCGUCAUGGCAAGUACAUGGCCUGCUGCAUGAUGUACCGUGGAGAUGUGGUGCCGAAGGAUGUGAACGCAGCGGUGGCCACCAUCAAGACCAAGCGCACCAUCCAGUUCGUGGACUGGUGCCCCACUGGCUUCAAGUGCGGCAUCAACUACCAACCACCUACUGUGGUGCCUGGCGGAGACUUGGCCAAGGUCAUGCGUGCUUGCUGCAUGAUCUCCAACUCUACUGCCAUUGCCGAAGUCUUCUCCCGCAUUGACCACAAGUUUGACUUGAUGUACUCCAAGCGCGCCUUCGUGCAUCACUACGUGGGCGAAGGCAUGGAGGAGGGCGAAUUCUCCGAAGCUCGUGAAGACUUGGCAGCUUUGGAGAAAGACUACGAGGAGGUCGGUAUUGAAACAGCCGAGGGCCACCGGGACUUGCAGCUCCGCUCCGACGGCGGUCGUAGCCGUAGCCGACGGGAGCCGGUGAAGGUGAAGAAGAAGGCUAUGGCGAUGAAUUCUAAUUCGUCUCACGCAGAGUCCGGGAAGAAGAACUUCCCGGACGAUCGCUGGCACUACCAGCAGUGGGAUCGCGGGGGGAAGAAGAGCUGCGGAACGAGCGCCCUGCGCGAUGAAGACCGCGACCAGGCAGGCUCCUAUUUCCCAUACUUGCGCAUGCUCUUUGAGGCUUGCGCCAGGCUUCCGAUCCGCGAAGUGACGUUGUGGCGUGGGGUCGGCGUGGACCUUUAUGAGCAGUACAAGGUGGGCAGCACCAUCACUUGGUGGGGCGUCUCCAGCUGCACCUCCGACAAAGCGGUGGCCCACAACUUCGCCAACGGAUGUGCCGGAGCGUCCACGGUGCUCACCGUCGAGACGCAGACCGCCUGCGAGAUCUCCGAGGUAGAUGACCCUGGCAAACCGGGUGACAGAGUGGAGUGUUAA